CUGAACAACAUGUGAUUAGAAUUAAAUUUUUUUCUUUCUCAUGUUGAUUAGUUAAUUGAUUGUUGAUUUUCUCGAUUUAAUUGUUUCAUUUUCUAACCAAUUUUAUGUCAUCUUUUGUUACAACGAAACUUGUAUCUUUUAAUUGUUUAACUGUUGGUCGUAAUUUGUUUUGUUAUCGUUCCUUUUAUGGGAACCGAAAACAUGUCAUCAAAAACUCAACUGCUGGAGGAACUGAGAGAAUCCAUUUAGUUGAUGCUGAAGCAAUUAAAUUUACUGUUGAUUCGAUUUCAAAUGAUUGGUCCAAGGAAACAGCAGUGGUCAUUGAUACUUCACCUGGACCUGGUUUACUUUUAGAAUCAUUACUUAAAGCCGGUGCUCCAAAAGUCAGAGGAUUUCUACAUGGAUCUAGUCCUUACAGAUCAGUUUUACAGUCAUUGAAGGAAGCGUGGCCUGAUAGACUUGAAUUGUGUGAUUUUGAUUUCACCAAUUUCAGGAGUAACUUUGUCUCUACCAUUGGUGUUGAGCAGAUUAAAAAUGUUCUUGACUCUGCCUUGGAAACUCAAUCUGCCAGUUGGACUGAAGAUCCUCCAAUUAAAUUGAUUGUUACUUUAGCUCCAAGCACAGAGAGAAGAGUAUUACGUCGAUUAAUUACCGAAUUAACUUUACAGGGUGGUAUCUAUGCACCCGGACGAUCUCAAAUAUUUACCUUCAUCAGUGAUCAAGAAUAUGGUUUCAUGAGGGUCAAGAGCGAUGUGAAACCAGCCCAUAAUCAGGCCUCGCACAUUUUGUAUAAAACUUUCUUCGAAAUCAAUCAUCUUAGAACAUUUAAUUGGGACUGUCUUCAUCCAACAAUCAACGUGCAUAAGUCAAAAGCCUCUUCAAAAGUACAUUUAGUUUCCCUAAUUCCUAAAUUAGAAUUACCUGAUUUAAUAUCGUCAAAGGAUUGGCCUGAUUACAAUUAUUUCGUCAAACAAACUAUGGCUCGGAAAAAGAAUAGAAUAAUUCCUUUCAUGGAAAAAUUAGUUCCUGAUUGUGGCCUUAAAUUAGUAAAAACUGGAAUAAGUGUUCAUAAAACUUUCGGUGAACUUGAUCCAGAAGAGUUUAUCAAAUUGUUCGUUGAGAUCAAAAGUUGGCCGGAAUUGGAAAUGUCAAAUUUAGCAAAUGUCACCAAAGAGUAUCUUUCAUCAAGUGAUCAUUACAUUUUGCAAGAAGAUUUAAUCAACAAGAGAGAGUUAAUCAGUUCGACCAAUCAAGACUAAUUAGAUCGAUUUUUCUACAAUUUUGAUAAAAAAUCACCAUAAGUGCCAUUUAUCUAUUAAUACUUCCACACAUUAAAGAGUUUUGUCAAACAAUUACGACAUUUAUUUCGGUCUCGAUGUAAAUAGAAAAGGAAAAUUAAAUCAUCUCAGUUUCCAAUCGAAUCUGAACUGAGCUUUGUUUUCAUUUGAA